ACAGCUCAGAUGGGGAAAUUACACGAGGAAUAUUCACUCUCUUCCCUGCCAGCCUUCAUAAUACAGGCGGCACUGACAGUGAAUUAUGGAAAAAAUUGAUUUAUUCUACAUUUUAUUUAUUUUAGCUUGUCUUCAUGUACACAGUGUAAGGAGUCCUGUUGGUACCUCAGAGAUAAACUGUGAGACUGGAACUAAUAAGUAUUUAGGGAGUGUCCCGGAGGGAUAUACAGGAAAUGUAGAGAUUAUCACUAAUAUCGGACCUGAUGAUCGUCUGGUGCUGGAGGGAUAUUUUGAUUCCAUUGCUGAAAACUUUCUGGAGCUGAUUUACUUCAAUGGAACCUCAAACGCUACUGUACGAACCAUCAAACCACUGGAUGCUGAUGAACUUAAGGAGUCGGGAGGGAGUUUGUAUUAUUCAGUGACCUGCUCAAACACAGGGCUGAAAAAUGCACGGGCGCUAGAUAUUCAGGAUGUCAAUGACAAUCCUCCGAUCUUCCAGAAUAAAACAUACAGCGCCACAGUGUCAGAGACGACAGCUGUGGGUUCAGAUGUGCUCAGGGUUAUAGCGGAAGAUGCUGAUGUUUCUCCAGAAAAAAACAAUAUUACAUAUUCUAUACAGUCUCCAGCACCAGAUGAAUUUGAAGUGAGAAGUGACGGAAACAUCAGGUUGAAACAACGUCUGAACUACGACAAUGCUCAAGAGUACAUCUUCACUGUGCAAGCUACAGACAAAGACAAAGAAGAAUUCAGUGACACCACAACAGUUACAAUAACAGUUGAAGAUUUUGACAAUCUAAACCCUUAUUUUGAUCACAGUUUCUACAAGGCAUCCAUUGAGGAAAAUCAGGUAGGACCGUUUUCAGAAGUCACUCCUGAGGCCAUAAAAGCUCAAGAUGGCGACACGGGCAUCAACGAGACUGUACUUUACAACAUAACAGCAGUCAUUCCAAAUGAAUAUCAGAGUAACUUUGACAUCAAUCAAAACAGUGGAGUCAUCUUUGUGAAAACGGCACUAGACAGAGAGGAAAUCGACCAGAUAACGGUUUACAUACAGGCAACUCAGCAGGAUGAUGCCAGUAAGACGGCUAACACUGUGGUGUCCGUCACCAUUGAGGAUGUGAACGACAACCCUCCAAAAUUUGACCAGGAUGAGUACACCGUAUCUAUUCUGGAAAAUUCACCACAGUCUCAGUUUGUGCUUCAGACUAGAGUCACUGAUCUAGACCUGGGUGGGUUCUCCAAAGGUCACUUUAUCAUGGUUAGCGAUACCUUCGCUAUCAACAGUCAAGGAGUAAUAUCACUUCGGAGCGACGCUACCUUGGAUAGAGAAACUGUAGACAGUUACAUCCUACAGGUUGUAGCUGUAGACCAGCCUGUCGAUGGUUUAAGCUCCACAGCUCAGGUCAUCAUUACUGUUCUGGACCUCAAUGACAACAACCCACAAUUCCUUCCUCUCCCAGAGAUCAUUGAGAUUCAGGAAGGUGUGUACACAUCCUCAUCACCUGGAGAUGUGAGCAAAAUCUCAGCCACAGAUGCUGACAUUGGAGACAACGGUCGUGUCACCAUCACUACUUUCUCACAGAAUGAAAUAUUCAGAUUCAGAGAGGAUGGGACUCUACUAGCUAUUGAGGAGCUGGAUCGAGAGACACAGGAUGUGUAUGAUGUGGUCAUUGUUGCUAUGGAUCAUGCAAUCCCACAGAGAAAUAACAUCACCAAAGUGAGGGUCAGUAUCACAGACGUCAAUGACAACGCUCCAGUUUUCAGCUCUGACACAUACAGCAAAAGCAUUCUGGUUAAAGAUGGCAAGGUUGGAGAGGUGCUGCUGACGCUCUCGGCCACAGAUAAAGACGCUGGAAACAACUCGCUAAUUAGCUACAGUUUCUCCGAAGACUCCUCAAUGGUCGCAUUGGAUGCUGACACAGGAGACAUCACUUUGACCUCUGACCUUGGCGAGGUCACAGAAAACACGCUGCUAACCCUCACUGCUAUAGCGACAGAUCAUGGAACACCACCAAAAUCUGAUGAAGCCGAAGUCUUGAUCUACUUCAAAAUUGCUCCUGUCAAUGAGAGUGUGAGUUUUGAAAGCUCCUCCUACAACUUCACAAUAAAAGAGAAUGAACCUGAGGCCUCAACAGUCGGGACGGUCAAGGCAUUAACAGGAAGUCCACUGGUUUCGGUCAGCUAUAACAUGAAGUCACAUCAGGAUGUCUUCUCUGUGGAUGGUGAGGGAACCAUAAAAGCUCUGAGACCACUGGACAAGGAGGAAGAGGAGUGGUACAUCCUCACAGUAGAAGCCAUAGACUCCCGAACUCCUGCAAACACUGCAGAGACAAUGGUCAGUGUUCAGGUUGAGAACGUGAAUGAGGCUCCUGUGUUUGACGGUGAAAUAUAUAAAGCAGAGAUUUUCAGCAUCUCUCCAUACAAAUAUCCUAUAGUGAAGGUCCAGGCAUGGGACCCUGAUGUGGGCGAGAGCUCAGAACUGAAGUAUUCCCUGGUGGAGUCCACAACUCUGCUGGAUGUGGAGGCAAGCACUGGUCAAGUCUACGUACUGGAUGCAUCCAGAUUCAGAGACAAUCAGUUGACCUUACAGGUUAAAGCCACUGAUAAACAUGGGCUGUUCACGACUACAACACUACAGAUCGAAGUAAAACAAAGUGUACAUCGUGGCAGCGUCUCAGUAAUCUCCCUAAACCAGCCCAUAUACAUAGUGGAGAAGAAUAUACCAGAGAUGGAAGAUUCCAUGGGGAAAGUUUUAGGCUGGACUGUGAAAAUCCUCAGCGUGAGAGCUGAGGAUGGGAAUGAGAUGCGCACCAUUCUUAGUGAAUCUACAGACCAAACUUACGUCAGUUUCAUCGCCAUGGACUCCAGUGGUGCGGUCAUCCAAGCCACGGUGGUCAAAGAGAAACUGAACACUGAGAACAAAGAAUUAACGUUUGAGCUGGAGAAAGUUUUUGGACCUGGUUUGGAAAUCAAAGUGGAGGACAGUUCUGGAGGCUCUGGAGAAUCCAGUCAAACCAUCACAAUCACUCUCAUCGCUGUCAGUGUUGUGCUGGCUGUAGUCAGUGUGACUUUAGCGUUGAAGAUUAUCCAUCUUGUCAGGAAAAAGGGGGCAGAUUCUGACAGACAGAGUUUAAGUACUGGCAUUGAUUUACCUCAAAGGAAACACAGUCUUGACACCCUUGCUGACUUCAACACAGACCAAGAACCAACAAAGGAUGAGGUUACACAGAAAUUUUGACAGAGAAUCUGAGAAUGUAAGUGAUAAUGGUGGAAACAGCAUCUCUGCCCUCUGAAAACACCCUGAUGGAUCAAAGCUCCUCUUCUUCUCAGUGGUGUACAAGACUUCAUGAACUUAUGUCUUGAUUAAGUAACAUUUAUAGCCCUGAUCCUAAACUUGAUCUGUAGGCAGCUGUUAAGGGUUGAGUUCUCAACAUGGAGGAAACAACUCUAGCAUCGGGACUUCUAAAGACAGAAAUCAGGCUCUGGGCUUCAGCAUUACAGGAUUAACAUCUCUGAUCAUGUGUCCUCAGUUCCAGGAUCAGCCGUCAAUGACAAACUCAAGUCACAACAGACACAACACAGGGCCAAUUCCCUUCAAAGAGACGAGCAUCACUCUGCUCCACUCAUUACGCAUUACUGUCUCACAGUGGCUGUCUGGAUCACCCGACAUGAAGCCGGACGUCACUGACACUUUAUUCUCAUUUGAAAAGUUAUUUUAAAACAGAAUUCAUACUGAAAAAUACAACUGAAGAACUGCCAAAUGUAUAAAUGUAAAUA